GCGCCCCGGGAGAUGACGUCAGUGACCUUGUGGCGGUGACACGGGGCCCGGGAGCGAUGGCGACGUUGGCAGCGCUGAGGUUGGCGACAAAGUUGGUGCUGGGUGGGGGCAGUGUUUUCCUGGCACAUGACCAGGGGCUGCUGGGUGACACGGAGCAGGGCGCUGCAGUGCUGCACAGAGUGCUUGGGGCAUUGCCACCCGCCGUGGAGGAAUGGGCCAAGUAUCUGCGGUUGCAGCUGCCAGCGGUUCCCAAUGUAAACUUCUCUCUCUGCGAAGCCUGGAAUUCAGGAGUUCAGAAAAGCUCCUCUGCCUUGUCAAUGGCACCUGCCAAGAGCUACGAGUAUGUGUGCAAAGGGUGGCUGUAUAUAAAGAACCUAGCAAAAGGAGAACACUGAAAGGCACUACCACCUCGCGGUUCAAGAGCCCAGACUGUCGGAAUGUAUAUACAAUAAGUCGCUUCAGCGGGAAGCAAAAAUCUUGACUAAUCUUAAGUCGCUGUUUUUUGCCUUUUGUCUGAUUUUGAGCAACUGGGAAAGGAAUUAAAAUCGUUCAAUACUCAGGUAA